UAAGCAAACUUCGACGGAAGGUGUAAUAAAAUUAAGAUUUGUGGGUGCUUCUCGUUUUUAGUUGUGCCUGACUAAGUUUAUGGUCUACAUAAUGAGUUUCAGUUUUCUGGACAAUCUCGAUGUGGAUGAAGUCGGUUCGUUAGAGAAAUCCCUAAAUGAGGUGCCUGAAACGCCUAUAAGGUUAGAGGCAAAACCGGUGGUGAAUGUGGGUAGUUCCAUAUCUGCGAAAAAGAAAACUAAAAGGAGUCGUGAUUCAAGCACUUUUCAGUCGUCAAAUAAAUUGAAAGAUCUAUCCCGUACAGACGAAUGUUGUGAUUCGCAGAGUUCACCUCCAUCGGCCGUACUUAGGCGAUCCAAACGGAUAGCUAAGAGACUAGAUGAUUGUUCUACGGACGAUAAGGGGAAUUUCAAGACUAAAAAAGAAAAGAAAGGCCGAAGGAAACGGGGAGCAAAGAAGAGUGGGAAGUCCGAAUUGCCUACAGAUGAUGAUCACCAUAUUUCUGAUGUGAAGACACCGCCAAAAAAUGAAUCCUCGAUAUUUACCGUCAAUCAAAAGGCGAAGUCGUCGACCCCUUAUCGCACUCCACCACGUCAGCUCAAAAAGCUACCCACCACUCCCGGACCUGUACGCGACCACUCGCUUCUCAAAGUGGCACUGGGUAAUGUAGCAAAGAAGCACAGUACGCUACGUAGCCCAAAACUAGUAGGCGAAAAAUUGAAUGCCACUAGCUUCUUUAAAGACCCACAACCUCCAAAAUCCCAACUUUUUAAGGAACCGAAAAUUCGAGCGGUGUCCACGCUUGAAGAAGUCUCGAAGGUUUCGGCUAAGGUCCGCGUUAAUCGAACGAACAGAAAAACCGAACGUACUGGGCCUGGUACGUUCAAAGAAACGGCACCGAUUAUCAAAAAGAAGGAGCUUGUAGAACAUGUUCGACCGGAAAAACGCAGCAUUAAUCAGGCGACAGCCAUUAAACGGCCACCCGCCAAUGAUUCUGUCACUGAUACUAAGUCACCACCAACUAAACUCCCUAAGUACCAAACAAUCACUAUCAUGUCAAAUUCUACAAACAGUGUUAACCAGAGGCGAAUCCCGAUAAGAAAUAGGGACGCAAACAAGGAUGCUAUGAAACCUCACGGUACACAGUCGAUUCCGCCAUCACUGAUGGGACAAGAGCCAUUACCAAAAGUGCCCUCCAAAUCAAUCGACACCGUAAAGACUUCUGUAGCGCAAAAGGCCUUGGCGAAGCAAGGUCAUAGGAAAAGUUCUGAGAUUCGCGAGAGUCUCAAAUCAAUUGUCAAGAAACCUACCUUGAAGCAGAAUAAAGCAAAGACAGCGGCGAGAGUUACAAUAGCAUUGGCAGCAUUGACUGAAAAGAUUGGGAAGAAUCAAGGCGAAAAACUAGCACAAAAGGAAGUCAACGUGAUUGUUCCGCGAAAAUCUUUUAAACUGGCUGAUCAGUAUAAGCACGUUCAAAGCAAAGUCGCUCAACUUAUUCACGGUACAGCGACGAUCUCAGCUGUUCCAAAGGUUCGGAGCAUGACAGGUACAGAUAUGAAAGUCAAUAGUGAUACCAAGUCAGUUGCAAAACCACUGCACGAUAAACCUUUUGUUUUGGGUUGUAAGAUGCAACUCGACAAUACGAUCAAUUGUUCUGCCCUUCGUAAGCGGACAACAAUGUCUCUAACAGCAGCGUCUCUUAUUAAGAGGGUUCCGGAUCAAAUGUUGUCAAGAAAAUCAAAGGCUGCAGAUAAUGCCCAAUCUAUGGGUUCUGUUGCGUCAAUGGCGCCUUCGAAUCCUGAAGAACCCAUUUUAAAGCUGUUGCAAUUAGAAGCUACGAACACUUCCCGUCGGAGAACAACCCGGAAACCAGUUUAAAAAGGAAACGCUUUUGUAUCGACAUAUCUAUCUUAUCGUAUAGUUAUGUCGUUUUAUUCGAUUAAAUGACACGCUCAUCCGCUUAUACUUAUCAUUGUAUAUAUUGUACUUAGUAUGUACAUGUAACUUUUGAAUCAUUUUGCAACACAAAUAAAUACAUAAUAGUCAUAACUGUAGAUUUUUGCAAGGAUGACAAAGUUGUAUAAUCUUUAGGUACUUCUACUGAUCGAUUUAUUUCGCGUCCUUUCUACCGUUCAACAGCAGUUGACCCGGUCUGUCAAAUCCUAACUUUGCAUUUACUUAACGGAUCCAUGCAUGUGAUUUUUGCAAA